AGCUCUUCCUGGAGAAACGUCCUUUCCGGUAACGUCAGAUCCGGUGAAGCAUGGCGGCCGCCACGAGACUCGGACCAAAGACGAGCCUGCUGGUUCACCUGCUUAUGUUGAGCUGGUAUGUGUUUACUAUCUGGAGUAACUGUACUCUGCAGAUCUCAGACAGACACCCCGGUGUGCGAUCAUACGGAGGACGCUGGAAAUACCUGACGUUUAUUAAUCUGGUGUCGCAGGCGCUGUUGUUCGGCUUGUGUGUGCUGGCGGAUGCGGUGCACGGCGCUGUGUCCGUCACGAGAGCCAGAGACUUUCACUUCACCGUGCUGGCCUUUCCCGUCGGGACCUUUGUGUUCAUUUCUUUCUGGACUCUCUACACUUACGACAGAGAGCUGGUGUAUCCAAAACUGUUAGACGAGAUCAUUCCCAUCUGGCUGAAUCAUGCAAUGCACACAGUGAUCAUGCCGCUGCUGCUGCUGCAGAUGUUCCUUCAGAAUCACAGAUAUCCCAGUCGCACUAAAGGCAUUUUCAGUCUGGCUUUAUUUGCUGCCCUGUAUCUGUCAUGGGUGCUGUGGGUGCACCAUGCGUCAGGGAUUUGGGUGUAUCCUAUCAUGGCUCACUUGAGUCCUGUGGGAUUGUGUGUUUUCCUCGGAGGCGCGUCGCUCUUCAUGGCUCCUCUUUACCUGUUAGGAGAGAAGCUCAGCCUCAUGAUGUGGAGCAGCACAGGGAAUCAGAAGAAGAAAAAGAAGUAGAUGUCUACUGGAAUCCACAUUAAGCAUGUGGAGCUCAAACCAGCCAAACCACACACUUUACAGGGCACAAAGCAACAGCUUUAGUAACAUUGCUUGUAUUUUAUACAAGACGGGUUUACAGCAUACUUAUGGCAAACAUGGUAUGUGUUUAACAUUAAUCGUGCUGGUAUUUUAUCCUGUUUGUUUUUUCCUCUUUUGACCUAUUUAUGUGAUUCUAACAAAAAUCAGUUGCACCUACAAAGUAAAAUGCUGUAUUUUUAAAAAUAAUUUCCAUUAUUUUAGAAUUGUGAAAUUCCAGACACUGUAAUUUCCCAGAAUGCUGUUGUUCAUUAAUUAAGGGACCGUCAGUACUGAGCACUUUCCCCUUCUCAGAUUCAUUCGUUAUUUUAAAACGAGUCUGAGCUGGUUUCAAGCUGUGUGAGUGUGUCACGAGAUGUGUCUGAGAGCUUAAAUGACACACUUCACCUGCGUGAACUCGGGUAAUCCCACCAGUGAAGCCCUUAAUGUGAUUUUCCGGCUUUGCCGAGAGUUUGCUGAUGGACUUUAUUGGAAACAAGUAAACCCAAGUAAUCUGUGACCUUGCUCUAACACACGUUUAAUUCACAUCCAGAGAAAUGGCUCUGAAUUCAUUCUUUCACUAACAUGAGCCCUUUCAGUGACAGAUUUCAUGAAAUAAGACUAUAUUUCAUGAAAUCUGAAAAUGUUUAAUAAUUAUAUUGUCAACUUGUUGACAGUAUUGAGCAGAAUAGAGCGCGUCAUUGUCAUUAUGGAGUGUUUCCUCUUCAUUUUAAUGUGUGAGUAAAACUAAUGUAGAAAGAGUCGAGACCAGUUUGAUUCCUGCACUUAUAUACGGUAGAUUAUCGCACUUGUGGGAAAUAUGUGAUGCACUGACAUUUAAAAUCAGUGACACUUAAGAGGGCCAAACAGGUUUUCCGUAAUUACCGUUAUGUAAUGAUUAUUAAUGUCCUUUAUUCAUAAACAAUAAAAUCUCUGAACUGUUCUUUAAUUCAUUUAAA